CCACGUCAAUAUUAACCCCAACAAAAAAAGAAAAGAAAAAUCUUUACUCUUUAUUGGCUUCGUAGAUGUGUAAAUGAUGAAACUUGAUACAAUCAGCACAUUUACUCAUAAUCUAGUGGUUUUCAUAUUCUGGUGAGAGAAAUAUGGGUCUUCUUCAUCUAAAUUGAGACACUACUGUGUUCAACAUUUGCCCUCGUGUUUCGAGCUUCGUUAUUUCGUUUUAUAAAAUAUUAAAGCCGCAAAUUCAGCGAACGUUUUCCGGGAAAAUCCGGUGAAAGCUUUCUUCUUCUUCUUCUUCUUUUUGUUUUCGUGGAAAACAGCUAAAAAGUUGAAAAGAAAGUUUCUUAUUAAUCACUCUCUCCAGCUGCAUUAUCAGAUUUUCCCAAGUAUCGGAUCAGAUUCUAAAAGUGUCAACUGUUAAAUGGAGAGAAAUUGUCGGAGAAAUCUUGAAAGAGAAGGUAUCAAUGGUAUAGGAUGUGUGUGGGUGUUCAUUAGUCUCUUUGGAUCUAACCAGAAACGUCUCUUGAUGGAUAACAAACGUGGAAGCAAACGAGUUUCAGGUAAUGAAAUGAAGCAGAUUACAUGUUCUUGUGAGAGCUCUCAUGAGAGUGUUGAUGAGGAAGAUAUCCAUGUUUCGGUCGCCGGUGAUGAACAUGUAGAGACUGAGGUUUGUAAGAGUCUAGUUGAUGAAUCUGAAGAGAAAUUCAAAGAGAUUAUCAAACGGUUGAUAGCUCAGAAAGAAGGAGAGAUCCAAACCUGUAAAGACUUAUUGGAGGCUUUUCAUGUUUUGGGUUCUGAAGAAGAAGAAUCAUUCCUCAAGAAGAAGCUUUCAAAUGAAGAUGCUCAAACCUUGGGAGAUUCUAAGAGAGUAGAAGAAGAAAAGCCUGAAGUAGUAUCGAAGCAAGAGGCGGUGGUGAUACCGAAGAGGAAAGCUAACUUUUUCAGCAGGAAAUGGAAAUCAGAAGAGAGGAGAAACAGAUCUCAAGUUGCAAAAACAAUUGUGGUUUUGAAACCUGGUCCAAAUACUUUGGAUGUUGAUUCUUCAACUGGACUGCAUUCUACUGCCAACAAGUCCAAAACCGGGAGAACAUUUUCUCGCUUCCUUAUCGGUUUAGUCAAGAGAAGACUACAAUCUGCUGUUGGAAAGAAGUCAUGUGAUGUUUCUGUUGAUAAGAGGAGCCAAAACUGUUCUACGCAAGAAGAGAUACAGAGUAAAUCAGAGGAGAAGCAUGAUGUUUCGGAUAAAGAAGAACCGUUCUGUGACGAAAGAACGACCGAGGAUGGUAAAGAGGAGACUAUCUACUCAAGCGAAGAUUCAAAGAAGAUAAUGUCUGGCUUAUAUAUUGCAGCCAAGAAACACUUGUCUGAAAUGCUUGCAAAUGGAGAUAUAGAUGUGAAUUUACCAGACAAGGAAGUGCCAAGAAUCCUGGGGAAGAUUCUUUCUCUCCCUGAGUUCUGUUCACCAGCAGACAGUCCUAGAUUGAUCCCGGCACAUGAUUUGGUUAGUACUCUAAGUCAGACAACUGAGCAACCAGAGAUUCUACAAACACCAGAAACCAGUUCAGCUACAAAUGAUCUGAUUGAUGAAGAUUCGGAUAAAGACGACGAUACAUUAUUUACCAUUGAUGUCUCUGUUCCUAGAGACUAUGGGAAUGAAACUGAGAAUAUAGACAAUGAUGAGGAGAGUGAGAUAGAUCCAUUAUCUGAAACUUGUAGCUCUUCCGUUUCCCGAGAAGUCGAAAAUGUUGAUGAAGAUGUAGAAAAGGAAAUGUUGAACCACCAAGCGCAUUCGCCGGCUUCUCCUCUAGAAUCUCCAACAACUUGUUCAGUAAGGUUGACUGAAUGCAAAGAAACUGCCACUGAUGCGCAGGGAAAGUUAAGUCCAGUGUCUGUGCUCGAGACUUUGUUCACAGAUGAUGACAGUAGCCCAACAACAAGCACAAGUUUCAGUUCAGCUGGAAUGCGGAUGCAACCACUCUGUAUAAGAUUCGAUGAAGUUGAUUCUCCAAAACCAGAGAAGGACAACAAUGUCGAAGCAACCAUAGAUGACAAGGAAUUGACACUUGCAUACAUUGAAGCCGUUGUGAAAUCUGCAGCCUUGAGCUGGGAAGAGCUUUUAACAAGGCCCUUUUACUCGGAACAGCUUCUUGAGCUAGAACUAACAGAUGGCAUAGUUUUUUCUUCUACACAGCUCUGCGACGAUAAGAAUCUCCUUUACGACUGUAUCAAUGAAGUUCUUAUGGACUUCUGUUGGAAUGAAUUCAAUCCCGGGCCUUGGAUUUCAUUCGUGAAACCUGAGGUCCAGUUGAUCUCAGACAUGGAAAUCGCAGCUAAAGUAGCACAAGAAGGAGUUUACUGGCAUCUCCAACCUUUGCCUUUCCCUCACACUUUAGAUCAGAUAGUAAAAAAAGACAUGGCUAGAACUGGAAGCUGGAUGGAUCUCCGGUUUGAGAUCGGUUGUCUAGGUUCCUAUACAAGUGAAAUGAUCCUUGAUGAGUUAGUAGAAGAGAUCAUCAUGAGCUGCAGAGACAUGGUUCAAGUUGAACCGAUGCAGGAACCCAGCAGCGACAACCUGUGAUGAGGCUCUUUGUUUUAACCUUUUGUCUAUCCUGUACAGUUUCAUUGCCACUGCCAUGGUCAAAUCUCUUGACAUUCUUGUGCAGUGGCACAACCACAGCUUUUUUAACAUAAACAAAGACUUCAGAAUCUCUUAUAUUGUUUCUUUCACUUCCAUACUCUGUUUUUGCUUUCCAGUGGCAUCUGUAGUUUUACUCGGCCAAGAGAGUUGUGCAUGAGUUAUAACUAUAGAGUGGUAUAACAUGAGGCUUGAACUUAAAUAAGACAAAGAUGAUGUUUUUUUACCAA